AUGGAGCCCUUCGGCCCUCAGCCAGCUCCGAAGACGUUCGUUCUCUGUUUUGACGGCACUGGCAACAAGUUCAGCGGUGACGAGUCCGAUAGCAAUGUGCUCAAGAUCUUUCGCAUGCUGGAUCGCAGCAAGGGUAACCAAUACCACUACUAUCAGCCAGGGAUUGGUACCUAUGUGACGUCCACAUCACUGUCCAAUACAGGCACUUUUCAUCGGAUCAAGUCCGCCUACUUGAAGGCCAAGGAUUCCGCUAUCGGAUCAUCGUUUGACCAGCAUGUCAUGGGCGGGUAUAAAUUCCUGAUGCGGUAUUAUAGCCCUGGCGACGAGAUUUACUUCUUUGGCUUCAGCCGCGGCGCCUAUAUCGCGCGCUUCUUGGCCGAAAUGCUUGACUAUAUUGGCUUGCUCGAAGCUGGAAACGAAGAAUUGAUCCGAUUUGCAUGGAAAACCUUUGCUAAAUGGCAGCAGCGGAGAGGAAACACGGAAGAGGACCAAGAAAAGAAGAGACAACUGUUCAACUAUAUGAAAGCUUUCCGCGAAACGUUCAGCCGGCCCAUCAGUCGGAUUCGAUUUAUGGGCCUCUUUGACACCGUCAACAGCGUGCCCCGGUUCGAAUCGGCUUGGAUGCAGAGGAGCAAAUUUCCAUAUACUGCCCGAAGUUCAGCCCGAGUCAUCCGCCACGCGGUGGGAAUUGACGAGCGACGUGCCAAGUUCCGUCAAGACCUUAUUUCCGAAGUCAAGCCGUGGCAGCGAUCUCCGAGAGGAGCUCACCUCUUGAAACGACACCUGCAUUAUAUCAAGCCUGAUAAGGAUAACGUCCCCAAAAUUAUCCUUAACAACGACCCGGAGAAUCAAGAACUAGGUAAUCAGGAAGAGGAGCCAUCAAAAAGGGAGCAGAAUGAGACCGAAUCCGUGUACCGUACUCCUCGCGGCUCGCGCCCGGGCAGUCUCCGCAACGAGCAGCGAUACCGAGCGCCCUCACCUAAUAGCAGGAAUCGGCAGCUGAACCUCGCGGUGCCCAUCCCGACGGCCUCGACUGAGGACUUGGCCUCGAUUAACAGUGGCAUCUCUGCAACCUCUCUUCAGGUGCCAUUGAGGGUGAUCGAAGAGGACGAGAGCGCUCAAGACAUCCGGGAAGUCUGGUUCCCCGGUGGACAUGCCGACAUCGGAGGAGGAUGGAAGCUCAGCAAGGGAGAAAUAUGGCCACUGAGCCACGCCCCCCUUGUUUGGAUGGUCCAGGAAGCACAACGGGCAGGACUGCAGUUCGAUCCCAAGAAACUGAAGCAGUUAGAGUGCUGCGAGGAAUACGUGGGCGAAGUCUCGCCCAUCCGCGAACUCCAGGAGCCAACGUGGACUGUCUGUCAAGAAGCGGAGGGCCACAGUGAAAGAAAGGAUGGUCCGGAUGGGAUCUCGAUCAAGGUUCCAGACAAUGAGGAUGAUAGGAAUCAGAGUGUGGCAAGCUAUCGCUUCCGCAAUGCCCUGGAGCUCUCGAGCACCAAGGGGGUUCUGCAUGACUGCCUCAAGUACGGCAAAGGGCUGCCGUGGACAUCAGUGCUCGUCUGGCGUCUCAUGGAGUAUCUUCCGUUCCGGCGCAUGGACUUGCAGCCCGACGGCUCAUGGAAGCCCAUCCGGUGGCCCUUGCCGUGUGGAGAAGUGCGCGAUAUCCCCAACGAUGCACAGAUCCAUGUCUCUGCCAUCCGCCGCCUCAAAGCAGAUCCCAACUACCGCCCCGGGAACCUGAUCAUCGGCGGCGGAGGACGGGGCGUGAAAAGAGUGCCGCCGGAAUACGGUAUUGGCGAGUGGGUGGUGUUCAAGGACGAGGGUGACCCGGUGCGGGAGACGUAUAUCCGGAAGAGUGAGGCCAAAAAGGUGCAAAGGGGGGAAUAA